GUCCCACAGGACACAACAGUGUCUCUGUCUGUUCUGUGUAGUGGUACAUAGUGCACAUCAUGAAAUAGGAUAUUAAAAAUUAGGACACGAUGAACCGCGGCUCCAGGGAGGAGCUUCUCGGCAGCUCCCAGGAAGCCCUGCGGAACAGCCAGCAUGACCUCAGGAACGUCUACGAGCGCCCACUAACAAGAGAAGAGAAGACAUUUCUACUAAACGCCGAUCGGGGAGACUAUGCAACUGUGAAACGGUUGAUAGACGAGUACGCAUCAAAACCAGAUGUAUUGGAUAUCAACUGCGUAGAUCCACUGAACAGGUCAGCGCUCAUCGCUGCAAUUGAAAAUGAAAACAUCGAACUUAUAAGACUUUUCCUCGAAGCUGGCAUCAAAGUUAAGGAUGCACUUUUACACGCGAUCAAAGAGGAGUACGUGGAGGCUGUCGAGAUGCUGCUACAGUGGGAGGAGGAGCAUCAUGUGCCUGGAGAACCUUAUAGCUGGGAGUCAGUAGACCCAUCAUCAGCUACCUUCACAACAGACAUCACUCCUUUGAUCCUAGCUGCCCAUCGGAACCACUAUGAAAUCCUGAAACUGCUCUUGGAUAGAGGCGCCACGCUGCCAGUGCCUCACGACGUCAAGUGUGGUUGCGACGAAUGUGUGAAGUCAUCGAAUGAGGAUUCGCUCCGUCACUCGCAGGCCCGCAUUAACUCCUACCGCGCCCUCAGUUCUCCAUCUCUUAUAGCUUUAUCUUCUGCUGAUCCCGUCCUCACUGCCUUUGAACUAUCCUGGGAGCUGAACAAUCUUAGUCAUAUGGAGACUGAAUUUCGUGUAGAAUAUAAGGCCUUAAGACAACAAGUACAAGAAUUUGCCACCUCAUUGCUAGACCAUACGCGUACCUCAGAGGAAUUAGAAAUUAUGCUAAACUAUAAUCCUUGGGAGUUGGACUCCUGGGAGCCUGGCGAGAGACAAACUUUGGGCAGACUCAAACUGGCUAUUAAAUAUAAACAGAAAAUGUUUGUGGCACAUCCUAACGUACAACAGCUACUCGGCGCCAUUUGGUAUGAAGGUCUUCCAGGUUUUAAAAGAAAAAACAUCGUCGGACAAUGUGUUCAGGUGGCAAAACUCGGUGCUAUGUUCCCAAUAUACUGUUCAAUAUACAUGAUGUCCCCCGAAUCGGAAUACGGUCAAUUUAUGAAGAAGCCAUUCGUCAAAUUCAUCUGUCACAGUUCAUCAUAUAUGCUAUUUUUAUCUCUAUUAUCGUUGGCAUCUCAAAGAGCGGAGUUUCUCGUUUUGGAAUAUUCAGGAAUAUCGUGGCUGCAAGAGUUAGUGGAAUAUUGGAAGGCUCAUGAAAGAGGAUCGUUACCUGGUCUAAUAGAGUUCUGCGUCAUCGUCUACAUAGCAAGUUUAAUAUGGGGUGAGAUUCGUUCACUUUGGAAUGGCGGUAUAUUGGAGUACAUAAGCGACCUUUGGAAUAUGGUAGACUUCAUCACGAACAUGUUUUACAUCGCCUGGAUCUGUCUGCGUUUCUCUUCGUGGUACAUUGUACAACGCGACUACAAAAGUGGCAAGGAUCCAUGGUACCCUAGGGAGCGUUGGGACUCUUUCGACCCGAUGCUCCUCUCCGAAGGUGCUUUUGCAGCCGGCAUGAUAUUCUCCUUCCUGAAACUGGUCCACAUCUUCUCUAUCAACCCUCAUCUUGGUCCCCUCCAGGUUUCCCUCGGCAGAAUGAUAUUGGAUAUUAUGAAGUUCUUCUUCGUUUACAUGUUGGUGCUGUUCGCUUUUGGAUGUGGUCUGAACCAGCUGAUGUGGUACUACGCGGAGUUGGAAAAAAACAAAUGCUAUCAUUUGCCGAAUGGAGAUCUUCCCGACUUCGAUAAUCAGGAAAGGGCCUGUACCAUUUGGAGACGUUAUGCUAAUUUAUUCGAAACAUCCCAAUCCCUCUUCUGGGCGUCCUUUGGUCUCGUGGAUUUGACCUGCUUCGAGUUGACUGGCAUAAAAAGCUUCACUCGCUUCUGGGCGCUCCUCACAUUCGGUUCCUACUCCGUCAUCAACAUCAUUGUACUACUGAACAUGCUCAUCGCUAUGAUGUCGAACUCUUAUCAAAUUAUUUCCGAAAGAUCAGAUAUUGAAUGGAAAUUCGCUCGCAGUAACCUUUGGAUGUCGUACUUUGAAGAUGGAGACACGGUGCCUCCACCGUUUAACAUCAUUCCCACGCCGAAGCACGUCUCUGGGUGGAUUAAUAGAAUAUGUAAUGAACGGGAGAGGGGCUCGGUUAUUAACAAAUCUCGUGAAAAAGCACGGCUCCAACACGAGUCUGUGAUGCGUGUGUUGGUCCGUCGGUAUGUUACGGCUGAACAACGGGCGCGAGAUGAAGUCGGUGUUACUGAAGACGAUGUGAUGGAGAUACGACAGGAUAUAUCGACAUUGCGGUUUGAAUUGAUUGAUAUAUUAGCAAAUAAUGGCAUGAAGACACCAAGAAUUAAUAUGAAUGAAACCACAAUUUCCGGCAAGAAAGGUAAAGUUAUGGAGAGGCGAAUUCUCAAAGACUUCCAAAUUGGUAUAGUUGAAGGUAUCAUCAAGGAUGUUAUAUCCAAAGAGAGCAAACCUAAGGAUGUGUUCAGUCAAAUUGCUAAGGCCAUUGUCAGAAAGGGAAGUCCUGAAAAUAAAAAGAAAGAUUGGAAUGCGGCGGUCAGAACGAACACUAUACGAAGAGAUCCAAUUGGAAGUACCUCUGAAGCCGAAACUAAACGCAGCAGACAGUCACUACGCGCGCAUAUUCUUGAUAAUGUUAAAGAUAGAACCAUUGAUCCACAAAAAUUGUUAGAGUUUAACCCUAAACUAUCGGAUGUAACGCCAACAACACGAGUCGCAUACGCCAAGUUCAUGAGAAGCAAGAUCAAAUCAGACUUCAGCGAACGAGAGAAGAGCGGCAUUUCAGAAAAAGAUUUCAGCAUUGAAGACGAAACGGCAUCUGGAAAAGUUAAGAUUAAGACUCCACCAUUUAGACCCAAAAUACCAAUACCAGUACCAACAGGUGAUGUGAACCUGAAACAAAACGAAAUUAAAGUUCAAGCACACAUCGAAGAGAAAGGAAUUGGUGGUCCCUCAAGCCCAGGUGGAUCCAAUCAAAAAGAAGCAACACAGCCAGCAGAGGAAGCAAAACCUAGCACAGGAUCACCAGGCUCUGAAGCAAGAGUCGAAAAGAAAGAACACGUUAUCCAAAUAGAAAAUGAACCCGAAUCACCAUCCAAAAGCUUAUACAUAACCAAAGAAGAAGACUCUAAUUUACAAAAACCCAUCACACCCACACCAAGUUUGCAUUCGAAAUCAGAAAAACCAGAACAAAUCCUCUCAGCGGCUACGUUAGAAAAGGAUCAUAGUGCAUCUAGAUCUGAUAGCAAGAAGGAUAAAGAAAACGCAGAGGAAGCAAAGGAAGUCCCCAAAGAGGAUAAACCGAAACAAGAAAAACCUAAAGAGCCUAAACCUAAGCCUCCCAAACCUAAACCUGCUCCUGCACCUGAACCGGCAUCAGGUCCAAAAAUGGUGACUGACAAAGGCAAAUCUAAAGUAACAGGUAAAAUGGUAUCAGGUUGGCUGUAGUGACAGAACUGUUAGGUACGACGAUUUAGUGAGAGAAGUGUCUGAAUGACAAGAGCUGAUCAGUAUGGAAGGUACCGAAAGCAGUUGCUAUCCCUGCUUAUAGCGUAUAAGCGAAUAACGUACGCUAAUAUAGAAAGAAAGAGAUAGUUAUACUUUUAAAGAGUGGAUGGCCCUUGUGUAAUCGGCAUUGGAACUUAAUUUAAGUGCAAUAAUUAGAUUUAACUUUGUUUUUGUUAGAAAAUAGAAUUCUGUUAGUGACUUUUCAUUUAUAUUCCGUGACUGUUAUA